AUGGACAAGAACGGAUUCGUCUCGGGAUGUCCUCUCUGCAACGACAAGAGACACGGCUGGGACGACUGCAAGCGGAAGCAUGAAUUGUCAGAACGAGACGUGUACCACGUCGUCGUCCAACGGAGAGGCAACAAGCCCGCCAUUGCUUCAUCGCAGCCCUGGAUCCAGCUCGUCGCCCGCGCUCAGCUCAAGAUGUUCCGUGUGAGCGGCUCCACAACGGGCCCGUUCCCAUGGACUGCCAAGCUCGCUCAGAGCAUCAGGAACGGCAACUUCAGAACCAAGAAGAGUGCCAUGCCCGUGCUUUACCACGUGUGGUACAACUACCGAGACGACGAGGGCCCGGGUCCGAGGAACAGGUUUCUUGUGUCUGAUCCCGUCACGAGUUCUCUGCGAGCUGUCGGAGUCAACGCUAAGAGGCUUAUGAAAUUGGAGGUUUGCUCUCCACAGCCGUGA